UCCGACGCGCAUGCGUGGUCAACGGUUCUGGGGCAACCCCGUAUUUUUGGAGGCCUCCCAGGCGGUGGAGAAUCCUAGCACCUACCCUUCGUCUCGGCUUCUUGUCUCCUGCUUCCUUCGCGUCAGGCGCGGGGCGAAAUUCUCUUAGUUCUUCCUGCUGUCUGGGCGUGGCCCCAGCUCCCAGGACCAAAAUGAGCUUGUUUGGAACAACCUCAGGUUUUGGAACUACUGGAACAAGCAUGUUUGGUAGCACAACAACAGAUAAUCACAAUCCUAUGAAGGAUAUUGAAGUUACAUCUUCUCCUGAUGACAGUAUUGGAUGUCUUUCUUUUAGCCCACCUACCUUGCCAGGGAACUUUCUUAUUGCAGGAUCCUGGGCUAAUGAUGUUCGAUGUUGGGAAGUUCAAGAUAAUGGACAAACUAUUCCAAAAGCCCAGCAAAUGCACACAGGACCCGUACUUGAUGUCUGUUGGAGCGAUGAUGGGAGUAAAGUAUUUACAGCAUCUUGUGAUAAAACUGCCAAAAUGUGGGACCUCAACAGCAACCAGGCUAUACAGAUUGCACAGCAUGAUGCCCCUGUGAAAACUGUGCAUUGGAUCAAAGCACCAAACUAUAGCUGUGUGAUGACAGGAAGCUGGGAUAAAACUUUAAAGUUUUGGGACACACGGUCACCAAGUCCUAUGAUGACAUUGCAGCUGCCUGAAAGAUGUUACUGUGCUGAUGUGGUCUACCCCAUGGCAGCUGUAGCUACUGCUGAGAGAGGAUUGAUAGUUUAUCAAUUAGAGAAUCAGCCUUCUGAAUUCAGGAGAAUAGAAUCUCCUCUUAAACAUCAGCAUCGCUGUGUUGCCAUUUUUAAAGACAAACAGAAUAAGCCUACUGGUUUUGCUCUGGGAAGUAUUGAAGGAAGAGUUGCUAUUCAUUAUAUUAAUCCACCAAAUCCUGCCAAAGAUAACUUCACCUUUAAAUGUCAUCGUUCUAAUGGAACUAAUACUUCAGCUCCUCAAGAUAUCUAUGCAGUGAAUGGGAUAGCAUUUCAUCCUGUUCAUGGAACCCUUGCAACUGUAGGAUCUGAUGGUAGAUUCAGCUUUUGGGACAAAGAUGCAAGGACAAAACUAAAAACUUCAGAACAAUUAGAUCAGCCAAUUUCAGCUUGUUGUUUCAAUCACAAUGGAAACAUAUUUGCUUAUGCUUCUAGCUAUGAUUGGUCAAAGGGACAUGAAUUUUAUAAUCCCCAAAAGAAAAAUUACAUUUUUCUACGUAAUGCAGCAGAAGAAUUAAAGCCCAGAAAUAAGAAGUAACAAAUAUAAAACUCAUAAGUUGAGCUGGAUUGUUCUUCCUCACCCCAGUAUGGUUUUGAUCACUAAAAUGUGAUGGAUUCUCAACUGUUGCAUUGUUCAGAUCCACUGGAGAAAACCAUUUGAAUCAUGCUACCUGCAAGAAUGCCAGAUGUCCACAAAGUGACUUGCUGUUUCUACUCCACUAUAAUACUGCCUGACAAACUGCUCUAUAAAUUUAAGAGGAUUAAAAGUAUUGCUGUACAGCUUAGAUUUAUAUGGGCAUUUGCAUAGAUAUUUUACAAUCUUCAAGGUGUGUGAGUUAUGGGAGAUUGAAACACAAUCUAUAAAGACUGUAUCAUAUUUUGUAAUAAACUAUUUUCAAAAUUGCCUAAAAA